AUGUGCACUGUGAAGCUUUUCAGAUGGAGAGGUAGUACUGAACUACUACAGAGUGCCAUUACUUUAGCACAUACACUCUCCGAGGGAAGCACAGAGCUGGAGGAGGUUCGGCAUAGCCUUCGCAUUCUUCCCUUGGCUGAGCAGGUUACACAAUGGCAAAUAUUGAACGGAGGGGAAAGAAGCGCUUCUCCGUCGCCUGGAAGCCAGCAAACAAAACAGCGCCGCUCUCCCCCUUACGGGCGCACCUUCUCCGCACGCCCGAGCGUCCCGGGGGGCCGAGGUGCUGCCCCGCGCCGCCUGCCCGCGAUCCCGGCGGGCGCCCCCUGGCGCGCCCGGCUCUCCCGAGCGCCAUUCCCGGACAGCCCCGGGCUGCGGGGCUCCAUCCCGCCCGCCGCGCGCCCGCUCCCGCGCCGCCCUCCCUGCCCGGGGGACCUCGGCCACCUCCGCCACCGCGCGCACCCAGAGCACCUGAGGAGCCGCGGCUCCCCGGGGGGACGCGCGCCCGAUCCUCCUCCCGCCCCGCGGUCCCCGGCGCGCAACACCCCGCCACCUCCUUCGCCUCCUCUCCCCCGGAGCGGAUCACGACGCGCUCCUCCGCCGCCCGCCGCCGCUCACCUCCCGACCCGCGCGGCGCAGCCUCCGCCUCCGAUCAGCGCUGACAAGUGGCUCCCGGUGCCUGUGCACUGUCCCCUCUCAGGCCGGCGGGGAACUUCCGUCUCCGCGCUCGCCCCGCCUCGCCCCGCCUCGCCCCGAGGCUGGCCACGCCCCUCCCGCCUGGCCACACCCCGAAGCCGGGCUGGGCGGGGCCGAGCCUAG